AUAAAUUUUGUUAAAAUGUCAAAUGGAUAUUACGAUUGGUUAGUGAAGGUAAUAGUAUUGGGAGAUUCAGGAGUAGGAAAGACAAAUAUCCUGACUCAAUAUUGUGAUCAAAAAUUUUCAUAAAAUUACAUGGCAACAAUAGGCGUUGAUUUUAAGAUAAAAACAAUCACUGUACAAUUGAUAAAUAUGCUAAAAAGGUUGAAGAUAAGAAAAUCAAAUUAUAAAUUUGGGACACAGCAGGAUAGGAAAGGUUUAGAAACAUAACUUAAACGUACUAUAAGGGUGCAUUUGGAAUAAUUUUUGUAUAUUCCAUCGUCGAUAGAAAUUCUUUCAAUAAUGUUGAAACUUGGAUAAAAUCUAUAACUGAGAAUACAACUGAUGAAGUGUAAUAUGCAAUAAUAAUCCCUUAAGUUGUUCAAUUUUAGUCGGUAAUAAAAUGGAUUCUCAAGAUAGAAGGGUUUAAUCAUCAGAAGGUUAAGCAUUAGCAACAAAGUAUAAAAUGCCAUUCAUAGAGACCAGUGCAUUAGAAAAUAAAAAUAUAUGUAAUUGGAAAAAACUAAUAAAAUAUAGAAAACAUUUUCGAUAUACUAGGAUUAAAUUUGAAGAAAAGAUUAGAAAAUGAAGGUUAAAAAGCCCCAGUGAAUGCUGAGCGCUAAUCAAGUUAAUUCAAACUAAAUUAGGAUUCUGCUUAGCCACAACCAGCACAAUCUUCUUGCAAUUGUUGAAAAUGGUUUUUUUACAAUUUAUAUAACAUAUAAAGAUUAUAAAAAAAU